AUGCCUCACCGUAAAAUAGGGGAACCAUCCCCGGGAAGAGCUGAGGUCACUGGUGGUCCUGCCCACGUCGAACGGUCGAGAGAGGCACGACCAGAUCUGCUUGCUCUCCGGGAUAACGGAGGUCUCCGAGGAAGAAAGGUGGGAGCAGUUCACUCUCGUCUGCUGGUCGCUGCUGUCGGGAAGCUGAUGUCGUCGAUCUGCUACUCUGUUCAUCGCGAAGGCGUUGCCGGAAAAAUGCAAGAAAAAGUGGGAGUGGGAGUGGCCUUCAUAUCUUUUCUGGCGACGUUCUUCUUGCCCAAUCCUCCUCCGCUUGGAAGACUCGAGGAUUUCUCACGCAAUUACCUGGAAGAUAAUGCCAGGUUUGAGCCUUAUAAGCGUCUUGAUAAGUUCAGGCGGGAAAACGCCAUGUUUUACACACUCCGCUCUGUAAAACUCAAACUUGGUUUGGUUUUUACGCAUCUUUUAGUUGAUCCAUAUCAAGAUUUGAUGAUUAGUUUUGCAUCAGCGUUGAAGGAGAUUGGCCAUGAAUUCGAGGUGCUCACACUUGAACAUGGUCCUAUGGGUUCUGUAUGGAGACAAGAAGGAAUUUCCGUCACUACCGUAGAAACUACUGAUGGAAAUCUGAAAGUAGAUUGGCUAAACUACGAUGCUGUGUUUCUGAACUCAUUUGAAGCUAUGGAUAUCCUGUCUUGUCUUAUGCAAGAACCUUUUAAAAGUGUGGCUGUUAUAUGGACUGUUGGUGAAGGUGAACUUGCUGCCCGAUUGAAAAAAUAUAACUCGACUGGCCAGAAAAUGCUAGUUGAUAGGUGGAGAAAAGUUUUCAAGCGUGCCAAUGCUGUUAUGUUCCCAAACUACAAUCUGCCGAUUGCAUAUUCAUUAUGUGAUACUGGGAACUACUUUGUAAUUCCAGAGCUUCCUAUUGAAGCACAGGAUGAUUACUUUCUGAGUGAUUCGAAAAUAUAUGCUAAGAUGGGGUGUGGCCCAGAAUGCUUCAUCAUUGCACUUGUGGGAAGCCAACCCCUUGUUUUACUACCAGUUUUGCAAACAGUUGAAAAUUCGAAGAAUCAUCCUCUCAAAAUCAUUGUCUUUGCUGGACCUUCUUCAAUCAUUAACCAAACUUCCUACUUGUGGGAAGCUAACUUCACAUUUGCUGGAGAUGAAGAUGCAGAGAGGAUUUUGAGAUUGAGUGAUAUCGUGAUAUAUGCAUCGUUCAGUGAAGAGCAAUCUUUCCCAUACAUUUUGUUAAAAGCAAUGCUCUUUGGGAAACCUAUAGUAGCUCCAGACCUGUCAAUUAUCAAGAAACAUGUUGUUGAUGGAGUGAAUGGCUUUCUUUUUCCAAAGAAGGAUGUCAAGGUUUUAACUAAGAUAAUGGGCCGUGUAGUUUUUAAUGGAAAAUUGUCACGUGUGGCUCGAAAUGUUGCAUUUACUGGACAGCAUAUAGCCCUCAACCUUAUGGUUUCCAAGAGUAUUGAAGGGUAUGCUUUGGUAUUGGAAAACAUUAUCAAGAUUAUUGUUCCACCUGGAGGAGUUGCAGCAAUGUAUCAGGCCCCUAAGUUUCUACUGCCAAGACGGAAGUGGCUUCUUUCUGAAACAGUUAAUAAGUAUGUGAGCAGAAGUUUUAGGACCCAUAGCUUUUUAAACAAGUUUGAGAAGCAAUUUAAUCCUAUUCAGACAGAGAGUUCAAUGGAUGAGAUGGACCACAUUAUUAUGAAUCAUUUCUGGGAUGAAGAAAAAGAUUUACAAAUUGCAAAUAGCAUCAAGGAAGCAGAGGAGGAAGAGCUAGAAGGCAGAAAUGUUCAACGAAAAAGGGGAACAUGGGAGGAAAUAUCCAAACUUCUAAAACAGGCUGAGCAUUUUAGGAAAGUUUUGCAUGAGAGGGAGUAUGGGGAGCUUGAAAGGAGAGGCCAACCAUUGUGCAUAUAUGAACCUUAUUAUGGAGAGGGGACCUGGCCAUUUUUGCACAAUUCAUCGCUAUAUCGAGGACUUGGGCUUUCUACUAAAGGACGCAGACCUGAAUUCGAUGACAUUGAUGCACCUUCUCGUCUUUCACUAUUGCGUGACCCUUAUUACAGAGAUGUCCUUGGUGAAUAUGGAGGCUUCUUUGCCAUUGCAAACCGGACUGGUCGCAUACACAAACAUCCUUGGAUAGGUUUCCAAUCUUGGAGAGCAACGGCAAGAAAGGAAUCUUUGUCUAAGAUAGCAGAAACAUCAUUGUUAGAGGCCAUUGAAGCACUCAGAUAUGGUGAUGCUUUGUUCUUCUGGGCUUGCAUGGACAGGGAUCCCAGAAACCCACAAAGACAGGAUUUCUGGUCAUUCUGUGAUGCUAUUAAUGCUGGAAACUGUAACCUGCAGAAUUUUAGUGCUGUUCCUCCUAUGCCUGCUGUUGGAGGCAAUUGGUCUGUGAGGCAUAGCUGGGUUUUACCAACAAGAUCCUUCCUAGAGUUUGCAAUGUUUUCUAGGAUGUUUGUGGAUGCACUUGAUUCACAAUUGUAUGAUCAACACCAUCAAAGUGGAUAUUGCUAUUUGAGUGUAAGAAAGGAGGACAAGCAUUGCUACUCUAGGAUGCUGGAGUUGGUUAUAAAUGUGUGGGCGUAUCACAGUGCAAGAAGAAUGGUGUAUGUGGAGCCAAAGAGAGGGAGAAUACGAGAAGAGCACAAAUUGGAGACGAGGAGAGGGAAAAUGUGGGUGAAAUGGUUCCACUACAGCACUCUAAAACAAAUGGAUGAAGAACUGGCAGAGGUAGCAGACAUUGAUCCACCGGGGAAGCGGUGGCUAUGGCCAUCCACAGGUGAAGUUGUGUGGCAAGGUAUCUUGGAGAGGGAGAAGCUUCAAAUGGAGAAGGAGAGAGAGUUGCGGAAGAAACAGAAGGAGGACAAGAGGUCAAGGAGGAGAAAACGAGGCCACCGGGAACAUUUUCAGGAACCAUUGGGGGGAAAAUAUGUGAAGCCUCCUCCAGAGACACAAAAUUCAACACAUAACCGCCUAAACCACUAG